AUGGAGUACUUUUUCCCAGAUGGAGAUAUUCUGCAAAUAGAGGAGAAAACGUGGAUGAUGUACUUUGGCGGAGCAGCCAAUCAAUAUGGUUAUGCAAUCGGUGUGUUACUGAUAACACCUGAUGACUCCUAUAUACCCUUAGCCUUCAAACUCCGAUUUAAAGUAUCUAACAGCGAAGCAGAGUAUGAGGCGUGUAUUACUGGUUUAGAAGUCGUCCUAAAACUAGAGGAAAAAAGGUUGGACAUCAUCGGGGAUUCAAACUUGGUUGUGUUUCAAGCCAACGGAGAUUGGCGGUUUACCCAUCUGCUAAGGGAGAACAACCGGUAUGCUGACGUACUAGCAACUCUAUCUUCUAUGGUAGACAUUCCAUUGGGAGUGAGGAUACGUCCGAUCAUUAUUGAACAGAAGUACACACUGGCCUAUGAAACCAUUGUCGCGAUAGAUAAGGCUUCAGACAAGAACCCCUGGUGCUAUGAUACUUUGAAUUUCCUAGAAAUGGAGGCGUAUCCACCAAGAGCAACUGUCAAGGAUAAAAGAGGAAUACGGUGUUUGGCCGUCCAAUUUAUCAUCUGUGGGGACAUGUUGUACAAAAGAAGCCAUUUAAGAAUGCAUAAAUUGUGUGUUGAGGAAGAGAAUUCAAAGCGCCUUGUGGAGGCCAUUCACAGAGGAGAUGCGGAGCCCACAUGA